UUCAAGAUCAUUUCUUCCAAUUUAAAUCCUCAUUCCUUCCUUGAUGUCAUUUAAAUUUCCAUUUCUAAACGUUACUCCCUCCGUCAAUUUGUCCGAACUCUAUUGUUACUUUGUUUCCGUAGCAUCGACGGAGGUGAUGGGCGUUGAAAGCUGCUCUCAUGGCUUCGUUUGUGGUUUCGAUUUGGCGGAGUCAGUGUCAGGGCCCUGAUAUUUCUCUCCUGUUCGCGACCUAGAUCUGUUGACUUCUAGCUAUCCUGCUUAUUGAAGCAUGUGUGGUGGUCCGGAGAGAUCAAAACCAUCAUCUAGUACAUCUCUGUCUGCCGUUGAAACCUCACCUAACUUUGACUCCAAAGGCAUGAAUAAUGUUACUGUAAAAAAUGAUGAUAGUUUUUCCUGCAUUCUUGAACUUGCUGCUGACAAUAACGUUGAAGGUUUCAAGCGGUCAAUCGAGCAGGAUCCUUCAUUGAUCAACGAGUUUGGACCCUGGUAUAGCCGCCAAAAGAGCUCGAAGCAAAUUGUACUUGAUCAUAGAACUCCAUUAAUGGUUGCUGCCACCUAUGGUAGUCUUGAUGUCCUCCAGCUAAUAGUCUCUCUUUCUGAGGCUGAUGUAAAUCUGACUUGUGGCCGGGACAAUACCACUGCACUUCAUUGUGCAGCUUCUGGUGGAUCCAUCAAUGCAGUUGAUGCUGUUAAGCUGCUUAUCACCGUGGGUGCUGAUUCAAGUUGUGUGGAUGCAAAUGGUCAUAGUCCAAUUGAUGUUAUUUUGGUGCCUCCAAAACAAGUAAGCAUGAAGGUUGCACUUGAAAAACUCCUCUCAGACAAUGCUUCUGAUUGUGCUGUUGGAGGCUGCAGUUUACGUGUUUCCAUUGGCAUGUCUAAUUCUAGCUCUUCAACCCUUUCAUCGUCGAUGGAAAAUGGGUCGCUACCUUCUCCUUCAGAUUUGAUAUCUUCUCCGAUGUCCAUGAAAUUCAAUGAUUUGCCUAUUAGCUCUGCACCAGAGAAGAAAGAGUACCCUAUCGAGCCAUCAUUCCCUGAUAUCAAGAACAGCAUCUAUUCGACUGAUGAUUUUCGUAUGUAUUCUUUCAAGGUUCGCCCUUGUUCCCGAGCAUAUUCCCAUGAUUGGACAGAGUGCCCUUUUGUUCACCCAGGAGAAAAUGCCCGUCGACGGGACCCUCGGAAGUACCACUACAGCUGUGUUCCUUGCCCUGAUUUCCGCAAAGGGGCUUGCAGGCGUGGAGACAUGUGUGAAUAUGCCCAUGGAGUGUUUGAGUGUUGGCUGCACCCUGCACAAUAUCGGACUCGACUGUGCAAGGAUGGUACCGGUUGUAACAGAAGGGUGUGCUUUUUUGCGCACACAGCCGAGGAGCUUCGUCCCCUGUAUGUAUCUACCGGGUCGGCUGUCCCUUCGCCACGAGCAUCAGCCUCUGCUGCUAGUGUCAUGGACAUGGCUACUGCAUUGAACCUUUUGCCUGGUUCCCCGUCAUCUGUCUCUUCCAUGUUGCCUUCUCCAUUUGCUCAACCCAUGUCUCCGUCAGGAAAUGGAAUUUCUCAUCCAUCCGGAGCUUGGCCUCCACUAAAUGUACCAACACUGCAUCUUCCUGGAAGCAGCUUUCAAUCCAGUCGCCUGAGAUCUUCCCUUAGUGCCCGAGAUAUUCUUCCACCUGAUUUCAACAUGUUACCCGAUUAUGAGGCUCAGCAACAUAUACUAAAUGACUUGAACUGCUUUUCACAGACCCGGAACAUUUCUACACCUGUGAGUCGUUCUGGUCUGUCCAAAAUGCUAACUCCUUCAAACCUUGAUGAGUUGUUCUCCAGUGAAGUUUCUUUUUCUCCUAGAUAUGCUGAUCAGGCUGCUGGUGUUUUUUCCCCAACGCAUAAGCCACCUGUUCUUGGUCAGUUUCAACAGCAACAGAGCAUGUUAUCACCAAUCAAUACUAGUGUGUUCUCCCCGAAGAAUGUUGAGCACCCUCUGUUGCAGGCUUCAUUUGGUGUUGGAUCUCCUGGUAGGAUGUCUCCUAGGAGUGUGGAGUCAAUGUCGCCUAUUGGAUCUAGGCUUUCUGCAUUUUCCCAGCGUGAGAAGCAGCAGCAACAGCUUCGCAGCCUAAGCUCAAGGGAUCUUGGAUCGAACAUCUCAGUCCCUGUUGUUGGAUCUCCUGCAGAUUCUUGGUCCAAAUGGGGCUCCCCUAGUGGAAAAAUUGACUGGUCGGUCAAUAAAGAUGAGCCGGGUGUAUUUAAAAGGCCGUAUUCUUUUGAGAUUGGAAAUGACAGUAGGGAACCUGAUCUGUCAUGGGUCCAAUCUCUUGUCAAGGAAUCCCCGCCUGAGAUGGUGAGAGAGAAGUUGGCGGUUGUGGGCAAUGCUGCACCAUCAUCUUCUGGUGAGGGUCUGAACCCUAGCUCUCAGGUCAAUCCGGUUGAUAAUUUUUUCAUAGAAUCUUGGCUUGAGCAGACGCAGAUUGAUCAGCAGCAGCUCGUAGUCUAGUGAAAAUGGAUUUUUUUUCCUCAUUGAGAUGGGUGAAAUAUUCCUCAUAUUCUUUUUGUGGUUUUUUGUUCGUGUUGGAGUGAAUUCAAGAAGGUGACAAUUAGCGUAAGUUUCAGAGAGGGUCAUCAGAAGGGUAAAGAACGAGUUGAAACUUUCAGGAAACUAUUCGAGUAUUUUUUUCUUUUACCAUUUGUUGUUACAACAGAAUUCAUCAAAGGAUGAAGAAGCCUUCCUGGGCCAUAUCAAAGCUACUCAGUCCAGAUUUGGCUUCUCUCCAUGUUUUUAGGAUCAUUUUUUACUCCGAUAUCCUCAGGGAAGAGCACUGCAUGUUUCAUAACCGAUGAAUCCAAAGAGCAUUGUAUUUUCAAGCAUCAUUUUCUUCAACUGUACUUGCUAGAUUUAUUAACAGUGAUUUAACAAAGAAAGUACGGGAGUGUUAGUGUUGAUUGUAAUUC